GGUGGCUGGGUGACCUCAGAGCAUCACAUGGCCAUUGGGGCAGUGGUGCCCAUCCCAGGCCAAGGGUCCUGCCGAGCCCCAGCCCUCCGGGGUGGGGUCCUCAUGUUGUCUCACCUCUUUUUCUCCCUAGGCACGUGUGCCCAAGUACAGCCACCCCAGAGGGGUACCCUCCAGGUCCUUCGUGGUGAUGGCACUUCUGUGGGAACUAUCAUCGUGCUCCACUGCCCCUCAGGACACCAGAUGACGGGGUCCGGCCUCCUUACCUGCACCUGGAAGGGGAGCAUUGCCGAGUGGUCUUCAGGGACCCCCGUGUGCAAGUCUCUCACGCCCCAUGAGACCUUCGGCUUCAGGGUGGCGGUGAUCGCCUCCAUCGUCAGCUCGGCCGUCAUCCUGCUCAUGUCCAUGGCCUUCCUCACCUGCUGCCUCCGGAAGUGCCUGAAGACCGAGCAGCAGCGCUCUGACAGGACCGCCCAGCUGUGGCCCCAGCUGAGGGCUGAAGACUUGGAGACGGUGCAGUCCACCUACCCGGGCCUCAGGGGCUUGAACAACAGCAGUGGUGGCGUGGAGUCCAGGAGCCGGCCCGGCGGGGCGCAUGACAACCACAGCUUCGCCAUAGACCAUUGUCAAGGCACCAGAGAGCUGGCUGGUGUGGCCUGCAGCGUGGACAAGGACCCCUGGACCCCCAGCAGUGCUGCCUGCUCUCCCUGGGCCCCGGUGACGGUGCACAGUGAACCCGGGGCUGACCCUGCCCGCCCCCAGGCCCACCACUGGAAUGCCCAGACGGCCCAUGGCCCAUGGCCCAGGAUGACCACAGCCCAGGCCAGAGCUGCCCCCCACACGGAGAGGGCCAGGCCACCCCAUCUGCCGGCCACCUAUGUCUCAGCUUGUGUCCAGCUCGAGAUUGGCCACUGAAGUAAGCUUCUGGGUUUAGGGAUUCCUCUGGGCACAUUCCUGAUCUUAAGGCUGGGAGUGUCCCGUCCCAGGAGCUCAGCUGUAGCAGCUUUUAGAGGCGGGUUUUCUUGAAGCCACCACCGACAUUCAUAGACCCAGCUGCAGCCAGCUACCUUUAAAGAGACCGGGACAUUUUAAGCACCUGUUUUGCAUAGUGAAAAAGGAAGAGGACAGCCACACUCUGAGCAAUCACAGCAGUGACUCCCCCUCCAGGGGCGGCUGCCGUGAGCAGCACCGGCUGUGUCCGUCCAGUCUCUGUAAAUUGCUGUGAGGCGUGUGAAAUAAAGAAUCGGAUCCCGAGAACUGCA